AAUUGACCGGCUCCAAACCAAAAGUAUAGCAUAGUAACUGUUGUCUGAAUUGUUAUAAUACUAUUUACAUAAUAUAUUCUUGUUCGCUAUUAAUAUUUCAACAGUGACUUGACAGAGAGCACUAUGGUCAAUUUUAGGGUGCUAUCGAGAGCGAUGUCAUCCGUGGCGAGAGCAUUCGAAGGGCAUGGCGUGGUGCCCGAUGUCGUUCCUAAAGCACCAACGACAGACAUCAAGGUAAAAUACCCAAGCGGCGUUGAAGUUAAUUUGGGCAAUGAGCUCACUCCCACUCAAGUGAAGGAUGUGCCAACCGUGACGUGGAAUGCCAAACCUGAAAGUUACUACGUGCUUGCCAUGACUGACCCAGAUGCGCCAUCCCGAAAGGAACCAAAGUUCCGUGAAUGGCACCACUGGCUGGUUGGCAAUAUUCCCGGAAACAACGUGGCCGCAGGCGAGACACUUUCCCAGUAUGUUGGUUCAGGACCCCCGCCAGAGACUGGCCUUCAUCGUUACGUGUUCCUUGUAUACGAACAGCCCGGGAAGCUGACGUUCGAUGAGCCGCGUCUUACCAACAGAUCUGGCGAUAACCGUGGAGGAUUUUCCAUUGCAAAAUUCGCUGCGAAAUACAACCUUGGCGAUCCCAUCGAAGGAAACUUCUAUCAAGCUGAAUUCGACGAUUACGUACCAAUUCUGUAUAAGCAACUGGGAGGCUAAACCACAUUUAAACACCCCUGUAUAGUUUGUUAAUAUUUAAUUCCUGUGAAAUAUACCUAUUAUUUCUGCUUUUAAAAAUAAUUUAUGAUUCAUAUCAUGCUAUACAGGAUGUUGUUUAAUGAGCUUGGAUUUUAUAAAAAGACUGAAAUCAACAAAGUUGAUAUAUUACUUGAAUAUAAUCAAGAAACAUCAAAUCCAAACUCAUUAAGGUGUUUGAAAUAAUGGCAUAUAAAUAUGUAUAUUUAGCUCGUAAGAUUACCUUCCAAAAUAAAAUAUAUAGUUCGUCGUGUG